GGAGCUGUGCGCAGCUCAUGUCGGAGGCUGCUGAUCCUCACCACGACACUUCAGGGAGAGCCGAACUGCAUUUUAAAAGAUAAACAAUGACUUAUUGAAACGCAUGAACUUCAGCAGUCGCCUCCCCAGACGGUUCAACCUGCAUAAGCUCAGACAUCAGCGACGAGACGCGCAGUGGAGAGAGAGGGUUUGGCGCACGGCGCACAGGGACACAUCAUGCACUGUCAAGCCGAGCUGAGGCUCUCUUCCUCGGGGCAGCUGAAGGCUGCCAGGAGGCGCUACAAGACUUUCAUGAUUGACGAGAUCCUCUCCAAGGAGACUUGUGAUUAUUUCGAGAAGCUCUCUCUCUACUCGGUGUGCCCUUCGCUCAUUGUGAGACCAAAGCCUCUUCACUCCUGUACGGGCUCCUCGUCACUCCGUGCCUACCCGCUCCUCUCGGUGAUCACCAGGCAGCCGCCCAACCUGACCCCCCACCUCCCGCAGCCGUCCUCCCCGGGCGCGGCCCACUCCCACCUGCCCCUGCUUUCCCCGCAGCACCCGCGGGGCUCCGAGGCCUCGCCCAGCCAGACGCCGCUCAGCAUCAGCAGCGAGUCGGAGACGGAGCGCAGCACGCCCCGCCUGAAGAAGCCGCGCCGCAGCCGCACCAUCUUCACCGAGCUGCAGCUCAUGGGCCUGGAGAAGAAGUUCCAGAAGCAGAAAUACCUGUCCACUCCUGACAGGUUAGACCUGGCGCAGUCCCUCGGCCUCACGCAGCUUCAGGUGAAGACAUGGUACCAAAACAGGCGCAUGAAGUGGAAGAAAAUGGUGAGUGAUGUGCUCAAGGGAGGUCAUGAGGCCCCGACUAAGCCCAAGGGGAGACCCAAGAAGAACUCCAUUCCAACCACGGAGGAAAUAGAGGCGGAAGAGCGGAGGAUGAAGAUGGAGGAGGAGGAGAGGAUGAGGAGGGUGGCCGAGGAAGCGGCGGCGCUCGCCGACGGACAGCAGGCGUCUCCGCAGGGACCUCGAGACCUCAGUUCAGACGCUCGCACCCCCCCGGCGGAGGAGCUGGAGCGAGAGCUGCCACUCCUCGUGUCAGAAACUCACACAGCCAGCUAAGCGAGAACAAACCAACCAAAGACUAAUCUCAAACCUGAAAACGAAUAGUGCCUCAGGAUCACUGUAAA